UAGCACGGGUGAUUGGAUCUUCAAGUCACUCUAGUUUCUCUAAAGAUGCCAAUAUGCUGAAUUAUGGUGUGCAUACUUACUUGUCGAAGAAAGUUAAAUACGGACUAUGACUGAGCCCAAGACACACCUUUGUGCCACAAAUGGGAUUGGCCAGUAAGACAUUAACUUGGGUUGUGCCCUACUGCAUGUCAGUUGAAGUCAAGCUUCAAAAUUGGAUCUUACUGCGCUCCAGACGCUGUCACUCAGAGCUGUUGAGGCAUAGUGGGUGGUUGUCGUUGUUAUGGACAAGCCCAUCCCCUCUCUACUGCUGAUUCAGGUCAUCAAAUGCUUGCUAAACUGGACCGUGGUGCUGAGCCAGUGGCGUCACAUGGGCAGGAGCUUCCUGGGGACGUUCUGCGUCUCGCUGGCAUUGGCCGACACACUCUUGGCCCUCGCCCUUUCCACCAUCUACGGCCUGCAGGACUUCCAUCUCCUGGGUCUGAGGUUCACCCAGCAUCACAUCUGCCUGCUCAUCCAGAUAGCCUGCUUUACUUAUGGCCUGUUGCAUUGGCCCCUGUUCCUCCUCGCCGGAAUGGACCACUACUGGACCCUCCAGCUCUGCCCACACCUCCUACACUGGUUUCGCAGGCUGGCCUAUGCCCUUGGGGUCUGUGUCGUCUGGACCCUGGCUCUCCUAUACGUUUUUUUGGGUUCUGGUUUCUACCCCAACUUGGAGGAGGACGUUCACAUCCUGCUCCACCAGUGCCGAGUGGCCAGCAGUCCCCAGAGCAGCCAGGUGUCUGCUGUUCUCCUACUGGUUUUGGGCUGCACCUUUCUCUACUGCUACCUGGAGCUGAGGACUGCGGCCAGUCCAGGGAGGGCGCCUGUCUCACGCACGGCCCAGACGGGCAGGUCACUUAGCAGAUAUGUCCUGUGUCUGAAAGUGAAACUCUUCCUCAGCACGUGGGCACCCUUUGUGGUUUUCCAGGCAGCUGUCUUGUUUCUCCGUGUGGAGAUCCCCGCCUACCUGGAUAUGAACAUCCCUUGGCUCUGCUUUCUCAACAGCUUCCUGGUCGCCAUGGUCUCCUGGAAUUGCUUCCAAGAAGAAAGUCUCAGGAAGAUUCCUGUGUCCGCAGAUGGCUUCUGCGAUUGGGAUUUUAGUUUUGGUUCUGUGGAGGUGAACAGCGAACUGGCCUGAGACCUGAUCUACUUAACGACGAAGAAAGCCAGAACAGAAAGAUUGUUUCUGUUAGAGGUCUGAGGGAUACUCUUCCCAAGAGUUACAGAUAUUCAUAUGAAUCUGAAUCCACUUCUCUUCUUGGUGGUUGUGACAUGUCACUAGGAGAAGUGCAUUACAUUUUUGGAAGAUGCAUGUAUUGCAAUAGCAGAAAACCACCUUACACCUGGUUAGCCACUGGUUGCAAAGUGGCUGCACUGAAAGUAGCAAUUUAUUGCCAUACUAAAUGUAUUAUGGAACUCACUGUAGAAUUGCUUGGUACAGUUUACAGUAUAAAGGUGAAAUAAUGUGCUGAACAUUUAACAACACGUUAAGAUGCACCUUAUUGAGAAAGAACCUCACUAGAGGGAACAGCUUCAUUCCUAUGGUGUCCUCUUGGUUCUGUUUGGGAAUAAUGAAUGCAAAAGGUGAAUGAGAGAAUGAAUGCUUUAUUGAUCCUUGUGGGAAAUUAUUUAAUCAAACACUGCAAAAAUACAGCCAGUUAAAAAACGGCUUCCUCUUUUGCAAUGGAUUAUAAAGCCAUUUAUGGUUGGUACUGCUCACUAGAGUGAUGAAAGUGUGAUGUUGAGAACACACCAGAAGAUGGAAGGAAACCACAUGAUCUUUCACAGAACUGUAUUAUCUGGAGGAUUUCACUUAUCUGAUUAGUAUCUCUUCAUUAGCUUCUAUUUCCUUGGUCACAACAGUUUUACUUCAGCAGUGAAACUCACAAUCAUGGAAACAAGGGUUUUCAGGUUAAUUAUUGAUGACGCUUAUUUAUUGAUUAUUAUUUGAGACUUGUUUUGUGGAGUUACAUUUUUUCUACUGUUACUAUAACUACAGUAAUGAAGACUUUUUAUCUGCAACUUUAGAUUUAUCAGAGCAGUCUUUGAGAAAUGAAUGACCAAAAAAGUGUGUUGCAUCUUCACGUCUUGUGUUGGACUUAGUGAUUCAAAUGGUAAGCAAAUGUGAACACUGGAAGCUAAUGCAAGUCAGGACACCAGAAAUAUGUCCACUGGAGGACAUUGAAAAGCAAAUGAAAUGAGAUGAUAUUGGUGGAUAUUUUAGCUUUGCCAGGAAGAUCAUUGUUUGGUUGUAGAGAUAGACUUGAAUGUUAAAAAGUCACAGUGUUUGUCAACCUGCCACUGGCCAAAUUUGAUCCCUUAUUUUUGAGCAACAGCAUUCAUUUAUAAAAGCUGAUGAAAAUGUGUGUUUAAUGAUGGUACCAUCUCUGUUUUUGUAAUUGUUUGCAGUCUACAGUAGCACAAU